AUGUUUCUCACACAGAUGGAUGAUCUUCCACAUUUCGAUAUCAAGCCAACUUCCGUGCAAAAAAUAGUGGAUCCAUUCGUGGACCUCGGACAUCUUAUCAUUGUGGAUCGCGACACCAUUGAAGGAGAUGCCAGUGAAAAGUUGUUAACUCGUGCAAGAAACAAUGCCCAGUUCUUGUUUAAUAAAAUCUGGGAGCUGAAUAGGAAGAAUGUCGAGGAAGCCGUUAUGGCCGUCCUUCCGAAAUCUUCGUUCAUUCUACCAAGAGAGAAGAAGAUACCUGAGAAGAAAGAACCGACGAAAUGGGAGAAAUAUGCGGCAGAAAAGGGUUUGACCAAAAAGAAGAAAAGCAAAAAGGUGUUUGAUGAAGCAACGAAAGAAUGGAAGCCAACAUAUGGCUACAGAAGAGGAAAUGAUAAUACCAAGGAUUGGCUGAUAGAAAUUCCUGACAACGCUGACCCGAAUAAGGAACUACUUCUGCUGAGCGCAGUUGAAUUUAAGAGAAGGAGCGAUAGCCGAAAAAGUGAGAAAACACAACGUUUGAAAAAUCUCGCUCGUCAGAUGGGUUCGAAAAUGAGAAAAGGACCAUCGAUUGACGCUAGUAUAGGUAUUGGUGUUGCACCGGAAGAGAAAUCCAAAGAGCAGCUUCGUUUUGCCGUUGAUCGCGCUAAGACAGCUACUGCAUCUGCUGGGAAAUUUCAACGUCUUGCUAAAGGAGAGAAGGAGAAUGUUAAAACUGGAAAGAAGCGGAAGUUCCUGCCAAAUGAAGCGGGUGGUGAGAAACAGCACGCACUGGAAAUUUGGGAGAAACUCAAGAAUAAAAAGGCAAAAAUUGUUGAGGAGAAGGCAGCUGCCGUUGCUGGACCAUCGAAACAGGAAAAGAAAGAGAAGAAGGGAAAUAAGCCUAUUCGGCAGAAGAGUCAGAUACAUCGACAGCAGUGGUUUAAGAACAAGAAGACCGAGAACAAAAAGAAGCGUGGUAAUGCAAGGAAGAGAGGUUUCCAAAAUAGCUCAAGGGUCCGCAGGCUGUAG